AGUAGGAAGGAAGUUUGAAGGGAGGGUGAAGCAACACAACCAGGAAGUUCAACAAAGAGAAAAAAAAAACCUUCGAUUAUCUUCGUCUUGUAGCAAACUCUCCACUUUUUUUUAAAUAAUUCAACACCGUUCAAAACUCUCAACCUCGAGGAAAGUCUCUUGCCUUGCGGCGGAAAGAUGAACUACGACCCGGAGCGAGAUGGUGCAGAUCCAGCUGAAAUGGGCAAAAUGGACAGGAUGAAGGAGGAAGUCAAAGAAGUCCAAAACAUCAUGACAAAUAAUGUGGACCGUAUCAUUGCUCGAGCAGAAAGACUGGACGACCUCAUGGACAAGUCAGCGGACCUGCAAGUUGGGGCCCAGACCUUCAAGCAAACGUCCACUAAAGUGGCUCGCUCUUACUGGUGGAAGAACGUCAAGCUGGUGGUGGUCAUCGUGGUCAUCGUGCUGAUCAUCGUCCUCAUCAUCAUCCUGUUGGCCACCGGCGUCAUCCCAGUCAGCGCACCUCUGCCGCCAAUUGUCUCACCCACGCCUGGCCCGUAAACACACACACACACGCACACACACACACACACACACACACUGAUUGUAUAUACAGACUUAAUUUAAUCCUGUAGUUGCACAGUUCCAAAAUAAUAGCACAUAUUUAGCAAACUGCUGCUGCGCCCUUGUUUUUUUUAGGUCCAGUUGGUAACUUUUAAUUUUAUCAGUUUGGAACUUUGGCAGUUUACCACAAGAACCCCUUUUUUUAAGUCACUGUUAAAGGACGCUAAAGGAGAAGGUUUAUCGCUUUAUUCGUGACGUCCUUUAGGGCCGAAGCUUCCUCCAGCUGCCAUGUGGUCGGGGAAAGUCCAAAUGGUGGCCCUCGGUUGUACUGAUGCACUUUUACAAAACCACGUGCUUCGUUUCAAAGAUUGUAAAUGUCUGUUAUAGAGUCGAAUAUGUUACACUUUGUGUGCUUUUUGUAGUGCAGAGAAGGCAAUAAAUUAAAUGGUAAAGUUUUAAAAGUGUUGAAACUAGCGUCCCCUACAGUGAAGUUAAAAGUUAAAAAUGUUUAACAACAAAGAUGUGAUUGAAAAACCACAUCUUUGUCAUCCGAAUUAUGUGUUUUUUAGCUUGUUUCGUUUUAGCGGACACAGAAUCGAAGCUUGAUAGGCUUUUUGUUCGUCAUUGUGUGUUGUUUUUUUUGUGUUGUGUGGCAAGCCGCUCACUUCCUGCUUCACUGCUCCUCCCCUUUGACCCUUAAACCAAAGCAGCAGCGUUCACGCAGCGACGGGAACGUUUGGAGGAGCUUCUUAUGGGAGGAUUUGUUGCAUUGUGUCAAGUCCACCGUAUUGUUUGUAUUUAAAGCGCUAUACCUCGGUUUUCCUUGGCAAGUUGUAAAAAAAAAAUGUCCAACCAACCCCGAAUCAUACGGAAAACAAAACAAUACAAUAACGCUGAACAUUUUUAAUGAACAAUAAUUCUAGUUUGCCUGAACGAUAAGUGAGAAACAUGAAAAUGAAGGUACCACUCUGCUUAUGUCGUCCUGCUUUGUCUUAGUUAGUGUCCCUAAUUAAAAUAUAUUUAUUCAAUAUUAUAUAAUUAUGUUGUUUGUGGGCUUUUUGUAAUCACUUCCAACUCAAACCUAAAAACUGUUUGGAGAAAGAAAAGGAUUUUUUUUUAACUUCAUUUUGACAUGAAACUGUUUGACCUUGUCAUGUUCCUGCUGUACAUUUAAUGUCAUCUAGUUGUUUCCAUGGUCACCUGACUCUGAUCACUUACUGUUACUAUUACUCGUAUUCACCUCUUCAAGCGCUAUCAGCUGACCGGUCAGCCAGCUCUUUGCAUUAUGUGUUGGUUUUAGUCUUCUUACGUGAAAUAAACGCAUUUAUUCUAUAA